AAGCUAAGCGAACGCCGAAAUGAUUCACUCUGAACUGAAUUGAGUGCAGGUAAAGAUACGAAAGUUUCAUUUCUAGUGCGAAAGUAUUUUUUUACUUUCUCAACAUUUUUGCAUACUUUGUAUGCAACAGGAGUUUCUCAAGUAAUCGAUCAAAAUGGGAAAAUUCCUCGUGCUUCUUUGCUUUGCGCUUCUCUCAAUGACAUUAGUCAUGGCCUGCACACCCCGUGGGGCAUUUUGCACAAGUGACAGCGAGUGUUGCCCGCCAUUUGGGUGCAUGCAAGUGAACCCAUGGAUUCCUUCCCGCCGUAAGUGCAUAGGGUUUAAUUGGGGACAACAGGGACAGUGGGGACAAGAAGGACAGUGGGGACAAGGAUGGCCAUGGGGACAAGGAGGACAAGGAUGGCCAUGGGGACAAGGAGGACAAGGAUGGCCAUGGAGACAAGGAGGACAGUGGGGACAAUGGGGACAAGAAGGACCAUGGGAAUCCGGCGACUCAGGUGCGGCAGAUUUGACAGUAAAAGAACCUACUGAACAAUCAAAUAAAUAAUAACUCGACCCGGACUUUAUUGCAUGGAACUAUGAUUUAAUCUUAAUAUAAAAAUAUGUAAGAAUUAAUACAAUAAUUGAAAAUAAAUAAUUGCUUAGUCGUUACGCAGCAAAAUA